AUGGAGGACCACUCCACCACCAUGGAAGCCCACUACAACCGCAAUCAUAGGCUCCUUCGCGCGGCCCUCUCCGCUCUCCUCGUGCUCUCCUACACAUCCCUUGCUUGUGCUCAAGACAAAUCAAAUCCCCCGUUCGUCAAGGCGCCCAUCACCGAUACACAAUGGCACAAGGGAAGCGCCACAUUCUACGGCAACGAGAUGCUGCAGGGCAACUCGGGCAACUGCGGGUUUCCAUACCGGUUCGUGGAUAACGUGACCCAAGUGGCCGUUCCCGACCCGCGCUGGUCGCAAUCGCUGUCGAAUGGCGUGCAGGCCUUUAAGGGCGCGGCGUGCGGGCAGUGCUACGAGGUAAAGUGCCUGCGCUCGCCGCGGUACGGCAGCAAGGUGCACUGCUCGUCGGAGAAGCCGACGCGCGUGGUUAUCACCAACUUCGACACGCCGCGGUCCGAGGGGUGGCCGAAUAAUCACUUCGACUUCCACAACACGGGCUUUAAGAAAAUCGCGGCGCUAGAAGCGGGAAUCAUCAACGUCAUGUGGCGGCGCGUGAAAUGCCCGCAGAGCACGCCGAAAUUUACGGUGAAGGGCAACCCGUACUUUCACGACAUCACCGUGUACGGCGUGCCGGGUGUGGGCGCCAUUACAGGCGUGUGGGUGCAAGUGGGCGGUAGCGGCGAGUGGCAGAAGGCGCGGCAAAGCUGGGGCGCGCAUUACUUUCUGAGCGGCAAGGUGGAUUGGAACAAUCCGAAAACCAAGGUCCGCGCGCAGAUGGCGGAGACGGGCAAAUUCAUUUACCCCAAGCACGUGCAGGCCGUAUGA